AUGGAGGACGACGAGGCUGAGGAGCAAGAGCGAUUCUCUUACCAACAGAGGCUAAAGGCAGCAGUUCACUACACUGUUGGUUGUCUUUGCGAGGAAGUGACAUCAGACAAAGAGAUGCAGUUCAGCAAACAAACCAUUGCGGCGAUUUCAGAGGUGACUUUUCGACAGUGUGAAAAUUUUGCAAAAGACCUUGAAAUGUUUGCCAGACACGCAAAAAGAAGCACAAUUAACACCGAGGACGUGAAGCUCUUAGCCAGGAGGAGCAAUUCACUGCUAAAAUACAUCACAGAGAAAAAUGAAGAGAUUGCUCAGUUUAACCUAGAACAAAAGGCAAAGAAGAAAAAGAAGCUGGAGAAUGCAACCAAAGAUCUAAGGGAUUCGGCAGAGGCUAGGGAAGUGGAAAGUGAGAAUUAG